AGAGAGAGAGAGAGAGAUAGAGAGACUAGGUGCAGAUUUUGGGUAGAUGAUGAGCUCUGUCUAGCACCAAGCUGUCCGUGAGAAAAAGGUCUGACACUAGCCUGGGUAACGGUGCAGGGGAAGGAGGAGCAGAAGAGCUACACUGCGCAUGGCUCACAGCAACCAACCGGCAUUCUGCUCACGCUCAGGGGCGACCCGGCUUCUUUCCGCCUCCGCUGCUGUUUUUUCCGAGCGCGCAUUCAGUCAAGGACAGUGUGUGAAGGCGAUCUUACAACCCUUCACUGUGUUUAUCGGUUCCUUUGAAUGUAGGCUGGAUUUCAUGCAUGGAAAACAGAUCGUCGGGGAUUAAGCGGCUCUGCGUGACAGUACAUACGUCAAGGGCACUGCUCUAAUAGCGCCAUAAAGCAGAACUGAUGCCGGUAUAAGGAGAGAGAGAGGAGAGAGAGAGAGAUCAUCACGGAUCAUCUGCCUUUUGAUGGAUGUACGCAGGGUAUCAUUCAGUUGGAUAGAAUCAAGCAGCUCUUAACGUGCCAUCGCAUCCGCUCGACUGACCUCCUUUCUUUCCACUGAUGUGACAGGGCAUUCACCGGGACUGCAAGUGCAGGGUAUAAAAAAAGACGAUGAAUUAUGCACAGCGGACCAUGAAUAAAAGACGGUCUGAUUGUGCAUCUGUCAAGGACACAUCCCGCAUGACUUGGAUUUCAGACUGAAUUUUCAGGAGGACUGCGCAUCCAGUUCCCGGUGAGGCCAUGAGGAGCUUCAGCACAUAAACAUGAUACCAAGAAGCACCGGCUUCUAGCUGCUCGUUUUCUCACACCGACAUGUGACUGAAAAACCUACCGACCCGGGCAGAGUCAACUUCACACUGAUAAGGACCCAUCUGCACUGAAGAGAUAAAACAUUAACCUCUUUUUUUGGAUUAUGAAGACUGUUCUGAAAGAUUAACAGGCAGCAGAUUUCAUUCCAGGUUUCUUGCAGUGAGGAUUAUUAACACUCAGGAAUUUGAUUUUGUUUUUUUUGUUUUUUUGCCAGGUAUAUAAUCUUAAUCUGCACAUACACAAUCUGCUUUUAAUGGAUUAUAAUUGUGCUGCAUGUUUGAGUGACAUUUUUAAUGACUUAUUUACCUGGCACCCUGUUUCGUUUGAGUAGGAUGGUGAAGUAAGAGCUAAAUUUUAGAUUUUUUUUUUUUUAUCCUGCUGAGUUUGAAUGACUUAAUAGUUUGAGCAGUUUUGUAAAUCAUACAGGAACAUGAUGAACGAGAUAUCGAGGGACAAAAGCGAGAAACAAACUGCUAUGAAUUGCUGUUUUGAGCCAGUUAUCUAGUUGGUCCUAAAUACAAGAUUCAGCCAUGUGGUCGCUACCUCUCCUUCGUUACACCGAUGUCCCACAGAGAGUGACGGAAAACUUCAUUUUGUCAGGUUACCGCUUUCCUGACUACAGCCUCCUACAGUGCCUGGUCUCUGCAUUCCGGCCUACCAAUGAGACCGGAAACUUCUGGACUCACUUCCUCCCGAUAUUUAUCUUCGGGUUUCACUUUAUAGAGAUAUUUGAGUGGGAAGGAGCCCCGAGCCCUGGUGAGCCCUUCUUUUACCCAGCCUGGAACUAUUUCUUUGGUGUUUUCUAUCUGCUGCUGGCCAGCAGUAUGGCUCAUCUCCUCAACUCCAUGUCACUGAUCAUCAGAGAGAUCUGCUUCUUUGUGGAUUAUGGAACCAUCAGUGCUUAUACCGUAGGUUCUUCUUUGGCUUACUAUUACUACAUUCACCCACAGGCAGGGGUACCAAAGAUUGGAUUUGGGACACUGAAUGUAUCACAGACACAGUCAGAGCCUGCAGAGGAGCCCCCCUUAGCUCCAUCUUCCAACUCUUCUUUCUUUUCCCUUCAUUUCCAAUUUUUUGAUAGCUUAUACAUCCCCUGCUCAUGUCUGGUGGCCAUCAUCUGUGUGUUAACCUGUUGCAACACAAGGCAGCAGUGGAGGAAGUACAGAUAUGCCGUACGCACCCUUGUUUUUCUUCUGCCCUUCUUCAUUUCAUCCACACCAAUUUUCUACCGGCUCCUCAGCCCAUCACCAUAUCCAGCCUCCUCUCAGACGCCUUCUUCUUACCCGUCACCUACAAUGGCCACCUUCUUCUAUCGCCACUGCUUCUGGUUGGUGGUGUCUGCAGCCUUUAACAUUAGCAAGAUCCCAGAACGAUUGUCUCCAGGAAAGUUUGACAUCUGGGGGCACAGUCACCAGUGGUUCCACUGCUGCACCUUCCUCUCCAUACUGGAUGAGCUCCAUAUGAUCAAGGUAGAGAUCCGAGCCCUGCUGCUUCACCCUUCCUUGGUCCUAGCACCGGCCUCAAAUCUCCAGCUCCCUGGCCCGACUAUCUACUCCACCUUUGGGUUGAUGCUGCUGCUACAGGGCUGUAUAGCUUCCAUUAUUAUAUGGUUUGGGUGGUGUGCAUACCACAUUUAUGGGCCUGUGCAGAAAGGCCUGAAGGCACACUGAGUGGAGCCAAGCCAGGGAUUCCAAUAUAUUUGGGCUGACAUAAUUACUGGUGAUAUUGUUGCUAACCAUCAUUUUGUCAUAUGGGACAAGAUUAAUUAUUUCAUUUACCAUGUAUCAAUCUCUGAUACUAGAAUUGAGGCCACUAGGCAUAAUAUGAUUUUGAUAUGGAAAUAGUGUGGCUAUUUCUGUCUGUUUAAGGUUUCAAUGUUUAUGCUUACACAGCAUUCAAGAAUCAGCAGAAAAUACAAUCCUACGGGGAUUCACUAGCACAAACAAGCAUGUAAGGCUUCCUGAGUCUUCUAGUGGGACCUGCUGAUACUGUUUGCUGGUAUCUCUUACAUUCACACUCACAAACACGCACACAUACACACUUCCUCCUCCUUUGUAAACAGGAAGUGUAGGAGCCGACCAGCUUCAAACACAGUCUUUUAAGUGUUAAAGAAAUGUGAUGGCUGUGAAUUUACUGUUGAUGCAAAAUGUACUUGAACAGUGCACACUUGUUAAAAAUUAUUGUUAAAAACUUCUGCUGUUAACAAAAACCAUAUACUACUGGAUAAGAAUCAAGAUAAAAAAAAUAUCUACUUAUAUAAUACUGUAACCUAUGCAUGGCUUUUAGGUGCAUUGUUUAUACUAGGAAGAAAAAGGGACAUGAUGACCACGGAGGUUUAUAAGUUCAGUGUCAGAUAAAGAAGAAGAAGAAGAAGCCAUAACAUUGUUUUUUAGACAUAUCAGUCUGAUUUUUUAGCAGGGUUUCCCAGUGGUGAGCUGAAUUUGCACAUAAUUAACCAGAUGUUUUCGGGAAGUGGUGUAUUAAAGGGCAUUCAAGUGAUUGAGAGCUUGUUGUUUACUUAAUUACAAAUCCAUUAUUAAUAUUAACUUAUUUCUUUGCAGACAACAAUCUCCCUAGUUCUAUGUGCCCUUCUUUCCAUCACUUACCACUUGCAGCUGGUUCUGAAUACUACUUGAACCCAAAAGAAAGCAUUAGUUAAACCACUGUGACAGCUAAGUGCUUAGAUGUCAGCACUAGACUUGUUUUGGCCUGUGUACAGUACUAAUUCCAGGAACAGAUUCCCAUUUUACAUGCCUCUCUGUGUCAGUACAUGUAUGUAGGGAAAAAAGCCCUUAAACUGAAAUGCUUCCUGAAUGCAGGCUUUGGUGCAUAUAAUUUCUCCCUGAUCGGUACACAGUUACUGCAUGUUAAUCAGCAUUCUGUCAUAAACUUGUCAUUAACAGUUUAAUGUAACCUAACGCUGUGCUAUGUCUGGUUAAACAUCAGUGACAGCUUUAUGACAGACUGUAGAGAGAAAUCUUGCCAGUAACGUUACUAUGAAUACAUUUGCACAGUUUAAGAGAUGAAUUAAAGUAAUAAGUUAGCAAUGUCUGUAAAUCUCUAUUCUGAACGUGCCUGCUAUAUUUGGUUCAUUCAUUUAUGACUUGAUUUUUGAGUCAGUGGUGAGUGAGGCAUUUCUGUUGUGCAAUGGAAUAUUUUACUGUCUUGUACUUAUUCUUGUAAGAAAAAGCAGUAGAAUAGAUACUUUAACUGGUAGUGCUGGGAGUUUGAAAGCCAGCAAAAUGGGAUUUUCUAUGUAUAUCAUGUAAGGAAUAAAUCAUGACAGGAUGUGUUGUUAUAGGACACCAUGAUCGUGUGAUGCGGAUCACUGUUGCCACCCCAAAGCUGAAUAUUUUCCAAUAAUACACACAAUCUGAAGUGUUUUAUUCAUUAUACCACAGCCGCUGUUAAACGAGUACAAUUUUUAAUUUAUAAAUAACACUUUUCUAACUUUAAUAUUACUGAUUACCUAAAACUACAAGAUAGUUUCUGUUUAAAUUAUAAAUAAAUUAUAUUCUAGUAUGUUAUAUUAUCCACCCUACAAGUUCCUAUGAAAGAGCUACUAUUUUACUAUUUAUACUAUAGAAAUGAGUUGCCACAGAAAUAAUAAUAUAUUAGAACAAACUGAUAACAAAUUAAGUCUUUCGAAUUACAGCUAUGCCGUUAUAGAAAAUUGAUCAACGCCUUCUGACCAAUCAGAUUUCAACAGCGCUGUGGUAUAAGUGACAUGGUUCUAUUUCAAUCGAAAUUUCAUAUCCUCCUAGUUCAGGUUAUGUCAUACUUCACGAAUCAAAUGACAUUAAUUGUACAUUUGUGACUAGAGUAUGUCUGUACUGUGAGGAAAUGACAACCUGUUUGUACAUAUCACAAAAUGUGUAGUAGCUCCAACUACUGUCCUUUCCCACAAUAAUAUUGCUAGUUAAUGUAUGUAAUAUAUAUUGUGAAGAAUAUGACGUCCAGUGUGAAUGCAAUCAACUUUAAUGUUGGAGCAACUUCUUUGCCCUCGUUCUGCAAUCAUGUCAAAAAACAUGACAGAUAGACCUCAUUCUUAAAACAUGUGAAAAGAAUGCAGCUGAGAAAGAAUAGAAUUACUGUUAAUAUGUCUGUAUCGAUACCAUACUAAUAUUUUCACUAGGGAACCUAGACAGUGUGUACAUUCUAUUAGACUAUUAAAAGUGUGCGACAGUCAUUUAUAAAGGUGUCUGGUGUAAAGUGGUUCGAUUUAACACACGUGGUUACAGACCACUAGACCCGACAAGUUCAAGUUCUCAGGGUUAAACAAUAAGGAAGGUUGAGAUCUGACGUUCCUGGACACGCUAUUCUUUAUGACUGAUUUUGAUUCAGUCUUACUUUUGAUUUACAUAUGUAGAUCAUUCUACUUCUAUCUUAAUGACUGAGAUAUAGUUAUGCAACUAUAGAGUAAGAGGUAAUAGAAUUGUAUGAGUAGAUUGUUAAUCCUUUUCUCUGUAUCAAAAGACUAUUAUUAGAAAUGAAUAGAAUUAAUAAAUUAACUUGC